UCAGCGAGGGUGAGUCAGCAACAUUUUGAGAUAAGCUCCUGACAAUUUUCUUGGUAUUAACCCUGUAAGUGUAUCUGAACGUUAAUCAGCGUCAUGUCCCAUCAGAUAAACGGACCCGCAGGUAUAGGUUGCUUUCAUUUGCACUGAGCAGAGAAGCGCAGAGCUGUCCACAUUGAAAAUGUGCUGCUGGACUUUCCAGAGGGAAUUCUACAGAAAGGUCAGAUAAUUGAAGCUCUAAUUUUCCACACGGAGCUGCCAAAAUUGCUGAGAAUCCUGCAUUCUUUGUCUUUAUAUAUAUAUGUAUAUAUACCAGAGACACUGUAAUUGAAUGAUGUACAAGUGUGAACAGUGCAAGUACCUGCGUUGAGCUGACUGUGAAUGUGAAAUCGGUUGCACUGUUUAUUUAACAAGGUCAAAUUCACGGAAAUCUCGUUGACCUGCACCGCAGACAAUAUUUUAAAAACCCUCAAGACUGUGAAGACUCGACUUGGAAACUUCCAAAAAGUGACUUGUAACUUUCUCCUCGCAAUAAAAUCUACGAAUGUUUAAUAAGAAGUAUUAGCAUCGAGUGAUACAAACGUUUCGACGGUUACAAUGACUAUCUCAACAAAUUUUGAAAACUGCAACGAGAAACAGUUUUACGAUACAUCUGAAGUUACUUACACGGUUUCCGCAAUUUUUUACAGCUUUAUAGUUAUAGUGGGAGUCCCGGAAAACGUUGCAGCACUUUAUUUUUUAAUAUGCAAGAAAAAGGAACUGACUGAAGCUAAGAUCUACAUGAUAAGUCUAACAGUGGCCGAUCUCCUAUUUGUUACAUUUCUUCCUCUCUGGAUUGAUUACUAUUAUCGCAAAGGCAAUUGGAUCUUCACCAGCUUCGUGUGCAGCCUAUGGGGAUCGCUGUUCUACAUCAACACAUAUAAUACCAUCUUCUUUCUGGCUGCCAUCAGCUUUAUUCGUUACCGCGCGGUCUCACAGCCGGUAACGGCAGCUCAGUCCAGACAGAUUGUGAGAGGCUCAGUUUUAACUGCUUUAAUCUGGACGUUAACAGUUUGCUUUUCUUUACCGAUUGUAAUCAAUCAUGAAGAUUACCUCAUCAAAACAAACACUAGCAAUGAAAGAUGUUUUGAAAGUCAUGAAGCAAAAAAUACCAAAACACAAGUAAUCGUUAUACAUAUGCUCAUGGAGCUGGGUUUUGUCCUUAGUUUUGUCGUGGUCAUCGCCAACAAUGUCCUUAUCCUUCGAAUACUAUCGGCUGACCAGAAAGCAUUGCGAACUUCGCAAAAUAAGUUCAAGACCCGGGCUUCUCGGUUGGUGCUAAUGGUCCUGAUCAUCUACACGGUUUCGUUUCUACCUUACCAUGUGGUCCAUUUGCUUUGGACGCUUUUGGUCCUCAACUUCUGGAAAUCUGACGACUGCGCUUUCAGGAAAACUGUCAACGAUGUUCACCAUAUCUCCCUGUGCCUGAUGUGUACCAACUGCAUUCUGGAUCCCAUUCUUUACUGUUUCAUGACAACAAAUUUCAGACAAUAUUUUAAAGAAUUAAGACAGUCCUUCACACGUAAAUGCGUCCUCGGUAGAAGCCCUAAGCCGCAAGAAAUUCAGCUGUCAUGAAAUGUUACCCUAGUACGGUAACUUUAUUAUGUCAAUACUUGACCCAUCACCUGAAAAUCACCGCUGCACAACUUGUGUGUUUUAUCGCCAGUUCAUAUAGUUUACCAUGAGAAAGAAAAGUUAGUCCUAAGUACAUCUUAUUUGCAAGAUUUUAGAUUUUUGAAUAUUUUAAAACAAGGAAAGAAGUAUGAGAUCAGAACAAAAAGUUUCUUCCUUUUAAUAUUUGUGAAGCUUGUGAUGUGGAGCAUUUGAGGAAUGUAUUACAGCCUUCACUGAAGAGGUGGUAGUUCCCUCUUAUUCAGUUCACGCAAUGAGGGCAACAGAUAGGAAGUUAGAACUGGUUUCAGCAACUUUGAGCUGGAGGUGGAAAUAAAAGCAUUGUUGGCCCCAAUAUUGAUUUCCAUUGCUAAGUGCACAGUGUUGAGAAUAACAGCUUCAUCCGAAAUGCCAUUUAUGACAUUUUACUCAUGAUUAUGUAUUAUAAACAUAUCAACAAAGGCAGGAGAAAACUUUGGGCCCAUCCAGCCUCACGCAACUCAUGUGAGUUUUCAUCAUUUUAUAUGACGACAGCGCUCAAAAACCAUAUGAUCUUCUCGAAGUAGCAAAAAACUCAGGUGGACUUGGUUGGACAAAUUUUGGGUAAUAUAGCUCUGAUUUGGGGCUUCUCCUCAUUGCCAAUUGCUAAUGUCUCAGGAGUUCACUUUGACUGUGAUAAUAUUGCGCAGUGCCUACACUUAACAGAAAUAUAGGAACAGGAAUAGGCCAUUAUGCACCUUGACCUUGUUUCACGUUCAGGCCAUAAGAUUAUCGCUGAUAUGCAAUCUAAUUGUAUUUACCUGUCAUUGGUCCAUCCAUAGAAACAUAGAAAAUAAGAGCAGUAGGCCAUUCAACCCUUCAAUGCUGCUCCACCAUUCAUUAUGGUCAUGGCUGAACUUUGACUCAGUAGAUUGUUUUCGCUUUCCCCCCUUACCCUUUAGCUCCAAAUACUAACUCCAACUCCUUUUCAAAGUCUUGACUGCUUUCUGUGGGAGUAAAUUCUACAGGCUCAUCACUCUUAGGGUAAACAAAUUUCUCCUCAUGUCAGUACUAAAUGGUUUACCACAUAUCCUUAGACUGUUACCACAAAGAUACUUAGACUAUAUGAAUUAAUUUACUCAGAAUUAUCACACAACUAGGAUUAUACUUUCCAUAAUUUAGAAGGUUAUGGACGCUUUGAUUGCAGUUUUCAAUGUACUAGGGUCCAUGGAAAAAUUUAGGGCUGGUGGACAGCCUAUCAUUGGGAACAUCCUUCCUGCAUCUACCUUGUCUAGUCCUGUUAGAAUUUUAUAGGUGUCUGAGAUCCCUCUUAUUCUUCUGAAUUCCAGUGAACAUAAUCCUAACUGAUUCAACCUCUCCUCAUACAUCAGUCCCACCAUACCAGGAAUGUGUCUGGUAAAUCCUCUUAAUCCCUUUGGUUAACAAAAAUCUAUUUGUCAUGUUAGUAAUUGAUGUAGCAUCUUUUAUCAUGAGCAAAAGAAAAUUCCAAACUUGUACACUUCUUUGUAUCAAAAUGUUUCCUAGCUUCACACCUGAAAGGUCUUUUUUCCUUUUUAGGCUAUGUCACCAGUCUUAGACACCCAACUAAUACAAAUAGUUUAUUUCCAUUGACCUAUUUCCUCUUAUGACAUUGAAAACUGCAAUCAAAGCAUCUCUAACCUUCUAAAUUAUGGGAAAUGCAAUCCUAGUAUGUCUGAUCAUUCUGUGCAAAUUAAUUCAUAGAGUCCAAGUAUUAUUGUUGUGAACAUGCACUUCACUCCUUUCAAAACCAUAUCCUUCCUAAGGUGUGGUGCC